GCCCACCCUCUCUCCUGAGCGUGCAGAAAGGGAGCCGCAACCCGAGCGCGGCCGAGGGCGCCGGGGAGGCGGCGGCGGUGGGUGUGUGCGUGUGUGUGAAGGACGCCACCUCUCGCUCCUGCGCUCACAGGCGACGGCGGGCGGCGGGGCUUCUCGCUCCGGCAGCGGCGGCGACAGCGGCGGCGGCUUCCGGAGUCCCGCCGCGAAGAUGCUCAAAGUCACGGUGCCCUCGUGCUCCGCCUCGUCCUGCUCUUCGGUCACCGCCAGCGUGGCCCCGGCUACCGGGAGCCUCGUCCCGGAUUAUUGGAUCGACGGCUCCAACAGGGAUGCUUUGAACGAUUUCUUCGAGGUGGAGUCGGAGCUUGGACGGGGUGCUACAUCCAUUGUGUACAGAUGCAAACAGAAGGGGACCCAGAAGCCUUAUGCUCUCAAAGUGUUAAAGAAAACAGUGGACAAAAAAAUCGUAAGAACUGAGAUAGGAGUUCUUCUUCGCCUCUCACAUCCAAACAUUAUAAAACUUAAAGAGAUAUUUGAAACUCCUACAGAAAUCAGUCUGGUCCUAGAACUCGUCACAGGAGGAGAGCUGUUCGACAGGAUUGUGGAAAAAGGAUAUUAUAGUGAACGAGAUGCUGCAGAUGCUGUUAAACAAAUCCUGGAGGCAGUCGCUUACUUACAUGAAAAUGGGAUUGUCCAUCGUGAUCUCAAACCAGAGAAUCUUCUCUAUGCAACUCCAGCCCCAGAUGCACCACUCAAAAUCGCUGAUUUUGGACUUUCUAAAAUUGUGGAACAUCAAGUGCUCAUGAAGACAGUAUGUGGAACCCCAGGGUACUGCGCUCCUGAGAUUCUUCGAGGCUGUGCCUAUGGGCCUGAGGUGGACAUGUGGUCUGUAGGAAUAAUCACCUAUAUCCUACUUUGUGGAUUUGAACCAUUCUAUGAUGAAAGAGGCGAUCAAUUCAUGUUCAGGAGAAUUCUGAAUUGUGAAUAUUACUUUAUCUCCCCCUGGUGGGAUGAAGUAUCUCUAAAUGCCAAGGACUUGGUCAGAAAAUUAAUUAUUUUGGAUCCUAAGAAACGGCUGACUACCUUCCAAGCUCUCCAGCACCCAUGGGUCACAGGUAAAGCAGCCAAUUUUGUACACAUGGAUACUGCUCAAAAGAAGCUCCAAGAAUUCAAUGCCCGGCGCAAGCUUAAGGCAGCAGUGAAGGCCGUGGUGGCCUCUUCCCGCUUGGGAAGCGCCAGCAGCAGCCAUGGCAGCGUCCAGGAGAGCCAGAAGUCCAGCCGAGAGCCAUCUCCAAUCCAAGAUGGCAAUGAAGAUGUUAAAGCUAUUCCAGAAGGAGUGAAAGUUCAAGGAGAUGGGGCCCAAAUGGCAGUUGAGGGGGCAGAGGCUGAGCUGAUGAAGGCACAGGCUGUAGAGAAGGUUAAAGAUGCUGAUAUAAAUGCUGCCCAGGCCGCCAAAAUGGUGUCCAAGGCACUAGAGCAUGGGAUAAGGGUGGCUGACCCAGAAAUAGAGGCGGGCUUAGUGAGGGAGAAGCUGAAGACUGUGGAGGAAGCAGCAGCCCCCAGAGAAGGGCAAGAAAACCCUGCUCUGGGAUUUGGAGCUCAGCAGAAUGAUGUGAUCCUGCCAGAGUACUAAAUUGGCUUCCUUCCAAUCUGGAAGCCAAAUCCUGGCAUUUUAUGCAUUUUGUCCUUCAGCAAGGAAGGUAUGGAAGCAUGAUAUGCGCUAUAGUGAUUCUGUUUUUGAGGUGCAAAAAAAAAAUACAUAUGUAUCAGUUGGUAAUCCUAACUUCAAUGCAUGUGACUGCUUUAUGAAAAAAUAGUGUCUUUUUAUGGUAUGUAAUGGAUACCCAAUACCGAUGAGUUAAAUUUGAAAUUGCAAGUAAACACGACAUAACAUUUAAAAACAUACAUCUUCAGGGACCAGUAGCACAUAUUCGAAGUAAAGAGUAACAAAUUGUUUUUGCUUUGAAAACCUAGUCAUCCUACAUCCUUCGGAUUUCUUCACAAGGCAGUAAUUCCUUCACAAGGCACUUUAAAAUAUUGCUCAGCUAAUACUAGGUAGUGGUACAAGACAUGUUCCCAUGACAUUCACAACAUUUUCCUUUCCAUUCAUGCAUUCAAACAGUUUACAAGGAGAUGGUUAUAGGUUACAGUUGUAUGGUAUGUGCAAAAAAAUUUCACUUAUAAUGGUAAG